UCCAUAUCAUACUCUCCUUCCCCGAGUCCCCGCUGUGUCUCGUUCCUAUGGGCUCAGCUAUUCCUCCUCCUGCCGCAGGCGUCGUCGGCCCUUGCGCCGCCUGCAAGGUCCUCCGCCGUCGAUGCACCGACAAAUGCAUGCUGGCGCCCUACUUCCCUCCCACCGAUCUGCGAACCUUCACGAACGCGCAUCGAGUUUUCGGCGCCGGUAACAUUACCAAGCUCUUGCAGGAAAUCCCGCAGUGGCAGAGGCAGGACGCGGCGAGCAGCAUGGCUUACGAGGCGAAUGCCCGGAUGAGGGACCCGGUGUACGGGUGCACCGGCGUCGUAUUCCAGCUCCAGAAUCAGGUGAGCGAACUCCAAGCUCAGCUGGCCCGGGCGCAGGCGGCGGUCGCCAACCUGCACGCCGAGAACGCGAACCUCACGGCGCUGAUCUGCGAGCGAAUGUCCCAAGCCCUGCAAGAGACCACCGCGGUGACCGUCGACGGCAUCGCGCCCGCUCCUUACGUCUUCCAGAACGAUUCCUUCUUCCUCGACGGGAGCAGCGUUCCGGGCUACACUCGGGAGCCACCUCUUCGGACAUGAGCUGCCAUGGCACAUCUCAGCCGCAAACAAACGAUGAACGACACGCUGUAUCGAGAAACUCAUAUCGACUUGA